CUACGAAAACUCUUACAUUCGACUCAGACGACACGACUGUUCCUAUAAACAGCGUUUAUUUCACGUAAUUUCGAGCAGUUGGCCGUAUUUUUAGUGGAUUGUGAGAGCGCGGCGGCUCCACGCCAGUGCGCUUGUCGACGGAUGUGACGUCAAAUGCCCGAGCAAGAGGGGGGCAACCGGCACGCUCUCUCCUGCCCUGCCACUUCCCUUUCUCCACCUCUCCUCUCAAGAACCGAGGGUGGCUUGUGUGGCGCUCCGCUGAGCCUUGUCCCCACAUGGCAGACAAAUAGCGCUUCUUCGUCACUACAACUACCGAGCGUGUCGCGAGCGCGAAAAGAUGCAAGGUGCGUGUGACAGCGGUUCCACGAGCGGUGAUUGCGACUCCGAGUUCGAGAGGCCUCCAAAACGGAUGCGCCAAAUUCAACCGUAUGCGUGUGACCCUUCCGCUUCGUCAAGCGACAGCGAGGACGACGAGCCAGACGAGCCGCCAUCGCCCAACGUGGGUCGGCAGCCGGGACCAGCAAUUUGGUGCUGCUGUGGCGACCGCUGCACCGACAUGCCGACGGCAAAGGAGCGGGUGUGCUGCCGAGAGCAAAAGAAUGUUGACAGUGCUGCGGAGGAACACGAGUGCAUCACAUUGCAUCCACUCUUUCAGCUUUAUUGUCUGAAUCGGCAUGUACUCGACUUAGAGUACGUAAAGCUGCAGUACUACUGCCCAUAUAAUCUAAGGCACAGACAAGAGCAUGAGUAAGUGGAAAUUUGUUUUUAGAGCAACCCUCAAUUUUUCGAAGCAUGAACACUGGUUUCUUUUACUUUUGCAGUCUUCUGAAAUGUGUGCAAACAUUCGGCACUUCUCAACCUCUUCUUUUUAUUCCUUAGCAAAUACAGGUACACUGCAUAUAGGCAGUUCGUGUGGUGGACAUACGGCAAACUAGGCAAGGGAAAAAGGGUCGUAAUCCCAAGCUGUGCUGUCCAGAGGAUCCGGAAGGAGUUCCCAACACAGGAUGGCCACUACACCGGCUACUUCGAC